AUGCGGAAGAAGUGGAUUGGUUCUUCUUUUAUCCCCUCGCUUCGUUGUAGAGUUUCGCUGAAUGCUUUCAAAGACGGAAAUUUACGACAGGGUAGUCGUUGGAUGAGCAUGACGUCUUUCCUAACGCGUCCUGCUCUUUCUUUUGUAUUAUCAGGCCGCCGAUGGAAUAGUACUCAGACAGGAGCUUCUUCAACAGGGGUAUCUUCUUCUUCUUCCUCGGAGGAGCUUAUCGAAAAAACGCUUGGGUUGGAAAAGAAACGCGUCAAUUCUUUCCUACAAUUCAUAAGGGGUGAGAAGUCGUCGUUAGUCGAUGACGAAAAGGAAGGAGGGGGUGGCGAUGGCGAUAGUCGUUGGAUGGCGACAUCUUCGUCGAAUUUCACCGAAUCCCGCACGAAAGCGACUCCACGUGGUGGAAGGCAUUUGAAUAAACCCACGCUAGAAGAAAAAUGGAGGAAGAAAAGCAAAAAGACAACACAUCUUCCGAUAAAAUCUAAAAAUACUGCACAAAUGGCGGCAAGAAAUAAUUCGGAUCCAUCAAAUCAGAGAUCAAUUCCUUCAGAUCGUAGGCGUUCAGUAUUUCAUCCCAUAGAAGAGGCUCUUCAAGAUCUUUUUUCUUCUUCUCCACCAGGAGAUUGCCCCUACUCUGACUUAUAUCUUUCACUUCAAACGCUAUAUCAAAAGCAUUUCCAGGAAAAGAUGCGCAUCCCCCCGUCGAUAAUGGAUUCGAUUGCGCCGCCGUCAACGCGGGACUUCGACGCAUCACCGCAUUCUCUCCAGCAGUCCAUAAAAGCGGCGCCACUUUAUAUGUUGACCAUUCUGACAUUCUCCUACCGUGAGUGCUUUUUGCGUUUAAUCAAUUGCCGCCCGCCCGCACCCCAUACCACCGACGCCACAAUCCCUAAUGCCCUUCCCGCGAUGCGGGCCCACCUCACGACGCUCCUUGGCCUCCACCAGGCGGCCCCACCGGCCGCCAACCCUCUCCAGCUCUCCUGGAAGGCGGAGGUCCUCAUCUGCCUGGUCGAGUGCCUCCCCGACGGGGCCUUGGGAGGUCCCGGCAUUGACGAUCGCACGGCGUCUUUGGUCUGCGCCCAUCUCGAGCGUCUCACGGGGGCCUUCAUUGGGGAGGUGGACAGGGUGAACCCCACGGGGGCCUCUGCUGGGGAAGGCCCUUCAGAGGCCCUGGAGGGGGGGGCUCGGCUGUCACAGCUGCGCUUGGCCUGCCGGCCGGCCCGACGCCUCGCGGCCCUGUGGAAGGGAGGGGGUCUAGGGGGCCCUGUGACACAGCGGCACACCGCCCUGUGGGGGGCCCUCACCGCCCAUCUCUACUGGCUCACCCAGGCCCUCUCCCCACGGCCUCUUCGGUGCGUGUCCUUAGGGCUGGGGGAUCGGACGAGAACGGAGGCUGGGGAUUGGGAGCGAAAGGGGUUGGAGGGGGCGGAGAGGCUCUGGGGCAUCCUCCUCCCGCUCGCGCAGCCCUGCGCCCUUACUCACCGCACCAUCCACGCUACACUGAAUAUCCCACUCGUCCAGCAUUUUGAGAUGCUCCGGCGGGGAGGGGCAGGGAUGGGGCCGUUUGCGCAGUUUUGGCUCCGCCACCGCUGUUGGGCCGCCUCGCUGGUCCGCGCGUGGACGGUGUUGUUUGACGCGGCCGCCCAAUCACGCGGGAGAGGGGGGGAGGGGGGGUUAACCGCCCGCGGGAAUUCGUUGUUUUCUCCACCGUUUUCGCCCCAGGCGUGCGCGAUCCUUGCGCGGGUAGGGUUGGCGAUCGAGGGCGGGCUCGCCUUCGUUGCCGCGGGGGUCCUCGCGCGGGAGUGUGGGGCCCCGCUCGCGAUUCCCAACGCUCCCACGUUGGUUUCGUUCGAGAAGGAAACCGAGCGGACCCGAUGCCACUUUGCGGAGGGGCUUCGUUUGACUAAAUCAGAUUUCGCCGGAUGGGAGGAGAUCGCGCAGGACUGCGCGGUGCUUCGCACGCGGGGGGCGGAGUAUAUUCGAAACGUUUUCAGUGCCCUCAUCCAGGCGGAGCUUGCCGCUCCGCCGACAGCCCGCUUUUCCGCCGGCGAUUCGCCACACGGGGGGGAAACCCGCGUGGAGGGGAAAAAAAUGACCUCCACGACGCCCUCUCGUCAUUUUCUGUCGAUGAUUCGGAGUAGUUUUUUCCCUCUCAUGCGCCGUCAUUACCUCCUCACUGGUGGGGGAGGGACCGAUGGCGAUCGCGCGUUAUGGCUACCGUGCUUGGAGGUUUUUCUUCUUUUAAGAAAGAUCUCCACGGACUUUGACGAGCCGCUUUUUUUGCCUUCGACAAAGGGUUCUUCGCGUCAGCCAUGGAUCGAAACGCAGAUUCCAUGGCUGCGGGCCUGCGGGACGACCUUAUCCCAGGCCCUGGAGGUGGCUUUUUUUCUCUCGCUGGUGAUGCACUCUCAAAGUGAGGGCGAAUCCUCCUCUUUUGACAUUCUUUCAGGCGAAAAGGCGGGGGGGCGUUAUUCCUCGCUUUUAAAUUGCGCGUGGAUGACACCGAAGGAGGUCGAGACGUACGUCGCGGAGGUUUUGGUUGGGCUUCAGCGAAGCACCACCCGACAGCUCGCGCAUCUUUGCGGGAGGGCCGAUUUCGCGGACUUCACCGCCCUCCAAACGGGCGAAACUUUCCCCGGCGAUGCGAUUCUCCAGCGUCGUCGCGUUCAAUCGAUCGUAUCGGUGGUCCACGGGCAUGUUUUACAUCCUUCUUUUCUUUGGAUGCCUCUAUGGCAGGUACAGGAGGUGGUUUGGAUCGCCGAACAGCACCUCCACCUCCUUUUCCCCAACUCCCAGACUCCACCACGGGUGCCCUCCACGGCGGCCACCCUGACAAACGAUGCCGGGGGCUCAUUUGAUGAAAACGACCUCGUCGUCGAUCCUUUUUUGGCCGAACUUGACGACCGGCGGUCAAUUUCUUUACAGACUGAGAAUGAAAAAGAAAAAACGGAAAGGCAUGACCCGAGCAGGAUGGAAUCUUCUUCGCCUUCACUGUUUGAAGGCGCUGGGGUCGUGGUAAAAGGGCGCCGGGUGAAUUUGGGGAAGAUGCACGGCUAUCUUGUUCUUCGUCUAUAUACCCUCAGCAAUGUCUUACGCAGCCUUCGCGAUCUCCUCGGAGGGGAUUCUUCUUUAUCUUCUUCGUGUGAGCAUGGGAAAAGAGGGCUGCUGGAGGCCGUCGCGAGGUUUGAGCCCCCAGCGGAGUCGAAAAAGCGCCGGGAGCGGGCCUGGGCGCGGCAGCUCGCGAUGACGCUUCACGAGCAGUACCCAACCCUUCCCGCGGAAAGCGAAGGGGCCUUCUUUUAUUACGGUAAUGAUAUUUAUAAUAUCAAACAGAGCGCCGCCUGCGUGGUAUGGCGACUGGAGAAUACUAUUAGCCGCGCCCUCGCGAAUCAUUUGUUUUUCAACGUUUCUCGCUCCAUCAAGGCUCGUCGUUCUCAAGGGCGACAUCCACAGCAGAUGAUUCCUUCCACUCCUUCUCCCCUUUUGCAGGAUACAAUCCCGAAGAAAGAAAAUGGAAAAGAAGAAAGAGAGAAUGCUUGUCCUCGUCGUCUGAAGGUAGAGCUUUGCCGUUCACGCGGCGAUGCCUCGCUUGGGUUUGUUCUUGACGCCUCCACUGCAGUGCUGCGGCGGGUCGUGGAUGAUUCCUUCUCCGAACUUUCCUCUUCUUUUUCGUCCUUAACCUCAUCGCUUUCGCUUUCUCCGCAUUUUUCAUCGCCUUUAACACCUUUCCGUGUGGGAGUGCAAAACACGGGAGUGGAGAACGCGGAGGAGCUUCUUGGUUGGCGUGUAGUAGAGGUGGAUGGGGAUGGGGUCGCCACGGGGAAAGACGUCCUCCAGGCGAUUAAAGGAAAACUGCAGUUUACUAUGAUGUUUGAGGAAACAGCGCGCUAA